GCCUCCUCCUGCUGCUCCUCCUGCGCCUCUGGUUUUAUUUACUCCAUAUGGUGUUUGACAUGGUACCCGGGAGGAAAAAAAAUAGUGUGGGCGGAGGAAAAAGUCUAGUAUUUUGUCCGUCCUGAAAUUUGAUUCAGAACUUCUGGAUCCUGGAAGACAAAAAGCAAACGGAGGGGGAGGGAAGAAAGACGGACGGAGGGCUUUUUACUGAGAAGAGUAAAGUCACCAAAUACUGCGACCUCCCAUCUAAGUAAGUCUAUUCAUACGACUUGCGUUUCCAGGCUCAGUGGGACUAUGACCACGUCAGGGCUUCAAGCCACGAACCGGCAGAACGCGAAGGAGCUCGACAGCAUGAAGGAGUCCAUCAGCGACAUCAUAAACCAGCUCCAGGACAUCGACCCAGCCAGGCUUUCCUUCUCGCCCUUCCUGGACCUGGACACUCAGAUCUCCUUGGCGCCGGUGUCAGACAGCCCCGAGUCGUCGGUGGAGGAGCUGCACUCGUCCUCCCACUCUGUCUCCGGCUCCCAGCGCUCCCUUGAACCGCCACCAGCAGCCGAUCAGCCAAAGAGCUGUGCUCCCUGCCACCAGCGGCCCAGAGAUGGCCUCCCGGAGCAGCCGCGGGCAGAUCGGACCCGGGGGGGGGGGCUGGAUCACACUCUUUCCAGUCCCAUCAUCAAAGCACACACUCUGGCCGCCGCCGUGGAAAACAGCACCAGCACUCCGAGCCCAGGCUCUCAGGGAGACAUCCCCAACGGCACUGACGCUCCCAGAUGGAGCCCAGAGUCCACCAACCUGGACUGCACCGCAGACGAGGGCCGCCCUCUGAUCGGCCCGCCGCCGGAGAGCGUGGAGCUGAGCGUGUGGAGGCCGGAGGGGCGGGGGGAGGCUGGCGAGGCUGCGGAGGAGGCCGGGGGCCGCGGCCGCGGCCGCUGCUGCCAGUGUGGAUGCUUGCGGAGCGGCAGAGUCCCCGCCUUCCUCUCCGUCCUGGCGUCCCUCCUGUGCGCAGCCGGGCUGCUCUAUGCACUCUAUUUCUACGUCCCCCUCAGACCCCCCGACUGCCCCGACGUGGCCAGCCGCGUGCUGUUCUGCCUGUGCUGCUGCGUGGUGGCCGCCGUCCCCGUGCUGCUAGCGAUGCUCAUGGGUGCGUUGUGCCAGUUCUGCACCAGCUCCUUCGACCUGCAGGAGCCUCUUCCCAGAAGACAAGCGCUUCAGCAGCUCUUCGUCACGGCCUCUUUGGAGCAGUUACUGCUCUACGUCCUCAACCUCGUCGUUAUGGCCACUUUACUGCCUCAAGAUCAGCUGAAGUUGGUGCCCAUACUGGCGGCCAUGUUCAUCCUUGGAAGACUUGUUUACUGGGUCAGCCUGAACGCGUGCAGCUCCUGGCGAGGCUUUGGCUCGGGCCUGACCGUCUUCCCGCUCCUUGCCAUGGUGGCUCUGAAUCUGUUCCUCAUGUACACCCGGAAUCUCAAAGAGCCACUUUUCGUCUCUCAGGACGUCCUCUAUAAUCAGGUCACCCCCUCUUCCUGGUCGGGGGAGACAUCACAGAGCCCGAGUGGCAAACCAGACGUCCUGGUCUCUCAGUGAAGAGCAAGCUGCGCUUUCUUCUUUCUGGGAAGGAGAUCUUUCCAAAAAUAGGCCAUUCCUGUGGUCUGCAGUUCAGCACAGAAACACACACUGCCACUAUAACCUCAGAGUGACGGCUUAACUUGUAUUUUUGCUCCUCCUAUACAGGACUGUUUUUAAUGUGGAUUCAAGGUUAUUAUCUGAAUUGCAAGCGAGUUCUCCCUGCUAGUGGUGGAGGAGGCCUUUGAACAAUGCUGUAAUCAUAAAACGUUUGUCUUUUUAGGUGCCCAUAUUUAAAGUUUUGAACUCUAAAUACUUAAAGGCUCUUAUAUAUAUACAUAUAUAUAUAUAUAUAUAUAUAUAUCACAGCAUUUAGGUAUAUAUGGGUGUCUUGAUGAUUAAAGCAAAUUCUCAGAAUAUUGUUAUUCUAACUGUCCAAAAUGUUUGAUUGAGUUAGAAUAAAAGCCAUUUGUAAAAGCAUGUUUUCUUUUUUUCAUCUUUUUGGUUUUCACCAGUCUCUCUUUUGCUUUGAAUGCACAGUUAUUCCUGUAGAAACUACAGUGUGUGUUUUCAGAGCUGUCAUUAUGUGAUAACAUGCUCCCAGUGCCCUUUGCUUGUUCUCUGCCCUCACCCUGCCGGCUGCUGCUGCAGCCGCUUGCCCGGUUUGUGGUAGCACUAAGGCCGAACAGGAAGCUAAAGAUUUCUUUUGUGACACUGGAAUGACUAUAUUUAGAGAUAAUUUAUUUAACUAGACGCAUUUAUUAAGUGAAAAUAAGACAUUUCUACCUUUAAGUACUUACUUGAUUUUUCCAAGUUUAAUUUAACGUUCUCAAGCUGCUUUUAUGUCAUUUCUGCAGUAGGGAUUCAAAAAAACGGCAGAUUUUUGUGUUGUACUUUUAGGUAAAGCCUUACUUUACCAAGGCCAGAGUGACAAACACAACAACAAAUGCAAAGUAUGUGUAUUACCAGUUCUUUACUGGCUGGUUCUGUUGAUUCAUUUAUG